CCUCCUGGGAUUUUGGCGUACCCCUAUUUCAAACUACAGCUCCCAUAAUGCCGUGUAACUCGGUCAAAAGCUAAAGGGAGGAGGGAAACAAACGACCCCUUGACACUCCGUGACCGGACUGCAUCUACUCCGCUGAGUAUUUGUCUCAUUCAGAAAAAGAAUGCUGCUUUUUAAAUUGGGCCAGUCGUCUGCACUUUGCGGUGCCGUUCUACGCACCACAUCGGGACUAAACGGAGCUCAACGCCAGGCUGUCGCGGCAGUGAUCAACUCCCGCCACUAUGCCAGUCAAGCUACACAGGCCGUGUUGGAGAAGCCGGCGGCAGUCGCCGCCACCGCUGUGGAGAAAAAACCUGCCGUGGCCGUCGAAUCCAAAUCGUUUGCCGUCAACAUUUUCAGGGGGCAGAUCGCCACAUCUCAAGUGUUUCCCUAUCCUUCCGUCCUGAAUGAAGAGCAGGAGCAGUUUCUCCGGGAGCUGGUGCCACCCGUGGGGAAGUUUUUUGAGGAGGUGAACGAUCCAGCCAAGAAUGAUGCCUUGGAAAAAGUGGAGGACCACACCAUGGAGGGUUUGAAAGAGAUGGGAGCCUUUGGCCUGCAGGUGCCGGCUGAUCUGGGCGGCCUGGGCCUCACCAACACGCAGUACGCCCGGCUGGUGGAAAUUGUCGGCACCCACGACCUCGGCGUGGGCAUCACGCUGGGCGCCCACCAGUCUAUCGGCUUCAAGGGCAUUUUGCUUUUCGGGAAUCCGGCUCAAAAGGAGAAAUACCUGCCUAAACUGGCAUCGGGGGAGCACAUUGCCGCCUUUUGCCUGACCGAACCAGCCAGUGGUUCCGACGCCGCCUCCAUCAAAACCACAGCUGUGGAGUCCCCCUGUGGAAAAUUCUUUACUCUCAACGGCAGCAAAAUCUGGAUCAGUAACGGCGGACUGGCUGAGAUCUUCACCGUUUUUGCCAAGACGCCAAUGAAGGAUCACGCCACCGGUGAGAUGAAGGACAAAAUCACCGCUUUUGUCGUGGAGAGGAGCUUCGGCGGAGUGACCAGCGGGCCGCCAGAGAAGAAGAUGGGCAUCAAAGCCUCCAACACGGCCGAGGUUUACUUCGAUAACGUCCGCGUACCGGCCGACUGCGUGCUGGGCGAGGUGGGAGGCGGCUUCAAAGUGGCCAUGAACAUCCUCAACAACGGCCGAUUCGGCAUGGCCGCCGCACUCUCGGGCACCAUGAAAGGAGCCAUCGACAAAGCGGUGGACCACGCGGCAAACAGGACCCAGUUCGGCAGCAAGAUUCACACCUACGGGGCCAUCCAGGAGAAGGUGGCCCGCAUGGCCAUGCUGCAGUACGUCACUGAGUCUUUGGCCUACAUGAUCAGCGGCAACAUGGACAGCGGAGCUACUGACUUCCAAAUCGAGGCCGCCAUCAGCAAGAUCUUCGCUUCGGAAGCUGCAUGGACGGUGACCGAUGAGUGCAUUCAAGUUAUGGGCGGAAUGGGAUUCAUGAAGGAUUCCGGCGUGGAAAGAGUAAUGCGGGAUCUGAGAAUAUUCCGGAUCUUUGAGGGCACCAAUGACAUUCUCAGGCUUUUUGUGGCCCUCAAUGGCUUCCAGAACGCCGGCAACCAGUUGAAGAGCUUACAGAAAGCCUUGAAGAACCCACUGGGCAACGCCGGACUCCUGGCGGAGGAACUGACAAAGAGAGCCAAGAGGAAAGCGGGCAUGAGCACGGGCUUGACCCUUCAAGGAAGCGUCCACCCUGAGCUGUCCCAGUGCGGAGACCUGGCCGUGGAAGCCAUAGAACAAUUCGGAACGGCUAUCGAAGAGCUUCUUAUCAAACACGGCAAGAAGAUUAUCGAUGAGCAGUUUGUGUUGAUGAGGGUGGCGGACUGCGCCAUCGACAUUUACAGCAUGAUCGUAGUCCUCUCGAGAGCCUCGCGCUCGCUUAGUCGCGGUCAGCCUUCGGCCCAACACGAGAAGAUUCUGGCCGAGACCUGGUGCGUUGAGGCCCACGGGAGACUCAUGAGGGAUAUCAAAGCACUGCGCUCUAAGCGCUCCAGGCAACUCUACGGAAAUUUUCGGGCUAUUUCCACCGCGGUGGUGGAGAACGGCGGAACGGUCGCCUCUCACCCGCUGGGUUUCUAAACCUCCGAGCGACUCCUGACCUUUUAUCUUCAGCGUAUUUAUUGGUUUAGGACAACGGAUUGUCGUUGGAAACCCAAACGCCGCAGAAAUUAUUCAAUUGCAUCAAACACCACAAGCGCCUCACGGCGUUCCCGCCGAGCGAGAGAAUGACUCCGAUCUUCCCGCCAUCAGUAGGAAGGGACUGUUGUUUUGUAAUAUUUUUGAAAUGUAAUCUGCAUUUAUGAAUUUUAAUUUUAGGGCUUCUCUGCAUGUUUUUUGUGACUGUAACACUUAAGCCUUAUUGAAGAUGUGCUAAAGGUCGUGUCACUUUGAAUUGUUGGAGCACCUCGACCAAUAAAGUCCUUCUGGUUCGA